AUGCUGACGUUCCGCGGGUGCCUCAGCGCUGCGCGGGCCGAGAGCCGAGGGAAGAGCGGGUGCGGGACGCUGCGCUGCCCUGGGGCGCAGGAGAGCGAGGUCUUUAUUAAAUGUUUUUAUAUUACAUGGAAGCUUGCCUUCUUUCAUUUUAAAAAAGAGAAUCCACAUUUCAUACAAUAUAAUUCUUUUUUGGCAGCAGAUGAAAUGCAAGCAAAAACAGAAAAAAUAAAAUCUUCUCUGAAGAGCGUGAAAAAAGAAGUAGGAAAACCAGAGAAACUGAAAUAUAAACCACUCACUGGAAAAGUGUUUUACCUCGAUAUUCCAUCAAAUGUGAUCUCUGAAAAAAUAGGAAAGGAUCUUAAAGAUCUAGGAGGGAGAGUGGAGAGUUUUCUUAGCAAAGAUAUCAGCUAUCUGGUGUCCAGUAAAAAGGAGGCAAAAUUUGCACCAACUCUUAGUCAGAUAUCUCCAGUUCCUAGCCCAGAGUCUGUAUGUAAUGGAGGAAAUGAUACAUCUCAUCCCAGCAAGCGAAAAGAUCGACAGGAUGGAAGUUCAUUUAAGGCAGCAGAUGCAGUACGUUUGAGCAGAGGAAAAUCCUUAGCUGAAAAAGCAAUCAGAGAGCAGGAAUUAAUCCCCUCUGGUAGCAUGCUGUCCAAUGCUUUGAGUUGGGGAGUGAAAGUACUUCAUAUUGAUGAUGUUAAGCAUUAUAUUGAACAAAAGAAGAAAGAGCUCUACCUAAUCAAAAGCACAGGCAGUUCUUUUAAAGAUGUGGGAAAACAAGUUACCACUCAAAAGUCAAAAAGUAGGCUGAAAAACCCAUUUGUGAAGGUAGAAGAUAGAAGUCGCUCCUACCGACCAUUUUAUCUGCAGUUACCGAGUUUUCCAGCUCUGAACUACUGUGUUCCAAAACCGUGUAGUCCAUUUGAGGUGGAUAAGAAGCAUCCUCCUGGUCAAAAACAAACUCAGUCUAAGCAAAGAAAAGAUAUGAACAGUGACAAGGACUGCAAAACUCCUGUUCAGCUUCAUCAGAAGGACAAAAAAAGGAGAGGAUAUUGUGAAUGCUGUGGGAAGAAAUAUGAAGAUCUACAAACUCAUCUUAAAAGUGAACAGCACCAGAACUUUGCACAAAGCGCACAGUAUCAAGUUGUUGAUGAUAUAAUCUCCAAGUUUGUUUAUGAGUUUGUUGAAUACAGGGAUGAUGAAAAAAACAUGAAAAGGAUAAAAUGUAGUACAGGAUAUUUUUCUCCUAUUAUUGGGAAGAUAACACGACCAGAUGAGCUGAAAGAACGACUGAAAAAGCAACGCAUUUCAUUGAAAACUUACUCGUGGAAAGAUACUACAAUGCAGGCACUCAAACUGGAUUGUCAGCCUGCAGAAGUACAACCAAAUUCAGUGUUGGUGCCUACCCCUGUUUCUGCAUCUCUGUGUUCAAUUCUUUACUGUCAUCUGUCUCAACCUCCAGAAGUAAAAAGUAAAUUCAGAAAUAAUGGUGGAAACACAAGAACUAAUUGCUUCUGUGCCACAAACCUAGGACAGUCUGUAAUGUCACCAAAUUUCAUACAACCACUUCCUCAGAAAGAUGGUAAAUCAUAUAUGGAGAACUCGUGUCAAGAUUAUGAACCAUUCAGUAAAGAAAUACUUGAACCAGAAGUAAGUAAAAAGAAUUUACAGCAUUUUCAGGAAGGUGUGUGUACUUUAUGUUCUCAUACUCAAGUUACAGAUUUUAGUGAAAAAGACAAAAACUUAGCACAGCCUAAACGAAAGUUAAAUCCUGCAGUAGUUCUACCCGCAAAAUGUUUGAAAAAAACAGAUGCCAAUCCUACGUUUGUCGAGAAACAUCGUGAUUUAUGUGAUAAUCAUCAACAGAUGCAGCACAAUGUAGUUCUGGAGGCUGAGGUAUCUGAGUCUGCUAUAAACAAAGAACUUAAUGAAUUGGCUGCUAACGCUGCACACUGUUCGCCAUCUGGAAAGCUGCACAGGAAAGUAAAACUUUGCUUAGGAAGAAAUAGAAGAGAAAACCGGAAACAGAAUAUAGAGUUAUGUGUGAAGUAUGCAGAUGGACUGUCUGUUCCCAGAGAGAAAAGGGAUUGCAGCUCACCAGUGCAGGCCCUACUGGAAUUGUUUCAGACAAGUGAAAUAAAAUCUGAAUUUAGAGGCUUUUCAGUUUACACUGAUCAUCAAGAUUCGACUGGCACAGAAGAUGUAUGGGAAGGGCUGAACACAAAUGUUGUUAGUUCGUUAUUUUCCUCUUCAUCCUCAUCCCCGUUUGUUGGAUUUUAAUGCUGCUUUAUUUAAUACAAUGCUAUUCAAAUAAAUUUGCAGAUUUAAGAUUUUA